AUUGUGUCCAGCUGUCAUUGUGUGGUGCUAGUUUUCGUUAAUUUCUCUAUAAAGCUUUACGGAUAGAAGAUUAAUUACUAUUAAUCUCUUUUCAACCAAACAACAACGCAUAAACUUGGAAAAAAUCUUAUCUUUAAUAACUUGCAAAAACAACAACUAUAAUUGCCUUAAAUGGAUCCAUUACAACAGUCAAGGAGUCGCAAUAUAAAAUCAACAAUGGUAACUGAUGAUCUUUAUGCACCCUUAUCACCAUGUCCCAUUCCGGAUAUUAGUGAUGAUGAAUUGGUUUCCAUUUCUGUGCGAGAUUUAAAUCGCACUCUUAAAAUGCGAGGUCUUAAUCGCGAAGAAAUUGUACGUAUGAAACAACGACGUCGUACUCUUAAGAAUCGUGGCUAUGCUGCUAGUUGUCGCAUUAAGCGCAUAGAGCAAAAAGAUGUUUUGGAAACUGAAAAAUCGCACGAAUGGAUUGAAUUGGAGCAAAUGCAUGAGGAAAACGAACACUGUAGUCGAGAGAUUGAAAAUUGGAAAAAGAAAUAUAAUGCUCUGUUACAGUUUGCAGCUCACAAUGAUAUACCCAUACCGCCAGAAUUAGAGGGCUGCUAAGAUGGGGGGUAAUGCAUUUAGCCUUGGUAUAUUCCUUGGUUUUUUUGUAGUGAUAUGAUGUAGAAGAGUGAUUUCAGUACAAUUUUAUUCCUUUCACUAAAUAUUUUACUUUCUAAGAUUGUUUUUAGAUUUAAGAGAAACUUGAUAUAGAUAUUUUUAAAUUAAGCUUUAUGUAUAAUACAUUUGUAUGUAUACGAAUAUUAUAAAACCAA